AUGGAGGUAGAACAUUCAACGCCUCCCACGCCUACCGAGGGCGUUCAGAAGAAGCGUCGACGGACCGAAGCCCAGCUGGCGCGCAAACGACAGGCCGACCGUAUCAACCACAAGGCCAAACGCGAGCAGCAGAAGCGGCAGAUGGAGAACCUGGAAACACAAGUCACCAAUUUACAGCAGGCCGUCCAGUCGCUCACCGAUCAAGUUCGCGUCCUCAACGAAAGACUGCGGGAUCAGUCGCGAUAUUUCUCUUGUUUUGAUCUCGCGGAAACGCCCAGUCCCGUCGGUACCGCCGGCAACUCGUCCACCUCGCUUCCGCAACCGCGGCCGCUUCCCAACGCGCAGGACAUGCUUCUCCUCCCCGCAGAUAAGCUACCCAUGCUCGUUCCUGCGCCAGUACUUGGGGAACCCGAUAAUAAUGUCCCUGUCGACUGCCGGUGCGGAGUAGACCAUCGCUCGUACUACGAAUGCCUCGAGUACUCGACCUUUUCCAUCCUCCUCCGCGCUCACCAGGGCCUCAACACAAGCCUCUCGAAUCCGACGCGGCUUCCUCGCACGCCGUCUCUAAUACAUGUCUUUCGCCCAGCGUCGACCGACAAUCCAGUCAUCCAGAUCCUUGGCCUCGUCUUCAGCCAAGUGCGCCCGGCAAAUGUCCGUACUCUGUUUGCUUGCUAUGUGGUGAUGUAUCGCUUUCUACGAUGGCGCCUCUGCCCUGACGAAGAAACCCAACGCGAUGUCCCAACCUGGCUAUAUCCAACCGAAAUUCAAAAGACCAUCCCGCAUCCCGUUUGCAUCGACUUCCUCCCAUGGCCGGGCCUCCGCGAUCGUUUGAUACACAAGGCGCAGCAGAUACAAGACCCCCGACACUCAGUGAUGAUGUACAUGCGCUCAAUCCACUUCCGGUGGCCGGGGGACCAGGAGUUUAUCUACACCAAUGAGAACGGGGAACUGAUGCCGACGCCGAGUUUCGAGGCCGGCUUGUACGCGUACGAGAACUGGCAAGUGUCGCGCGAGUGGGCAGCAACGUUUCCGAAAUUGAAAAAGUACGUCAACGUUGGUGAUGACGAGGGUGUUCUGGUGUACAUCAUGGGUCAAAACAACUAG